AUGUCAGACUUUGGAAAUCCGCUCAAAAAGUUCAAAUUGGUUUUUCUUGGCGAACAAUCUGGUGAGUUAUUUUUCCCAAUUCGAUUUUCCAUGUUUGUGACAGAAAAUUGAAGAAAUUAUUUUUUUCAGUCGGAAAAACUUCGCUAAUCACAAGAUUCAUGUAUGACUCAUUUGACAACACAUAUCAGGCAACAAUUGGUAUCGACUUUUUGAGUAAAACUAUGUACUUGGAAGACCGCACCGUACGUUUUUGAUUAAUUUUUUUUGGUUAAUAAUAAAAUGACUCAUUUUUGUAGGUUCGUCUUCAACUUUGGGACACUGCUGGUCAGGAACGUUUCCGAUCUCUUAUUCCAUCUUACAUUCGUGAUUCUACAGUCGCUGUGGUUGUUUAUGACAUCACAAGUAAGAAAUUAUCAGAAUUAAGUUCCCAACUAAUUUCUCAAUAAUUUUAGAUGCCAACUCAUUCCACCAAACUUCAAAAUGGAUUGAUGAUGUUCGAACUGAACGCGGUAGCGAUGUUAUCAUUAUGUUGGUUGGAAAUAAGACCGAUUUGGGCGAUAAACGUCAAGUUUCGACUGAUGAAGGAGAGCGCAAGGCGAAAGAGUUGAAUGUGAUGUUCAUUGAAACAUCGGCGAAAGCUGGUUAUAAUGUGAAACAGGUGAGAAUUUUGGGAUUUUAGUUAGAGAAAAGAGCGGGAAAAGCAGACGAUGAAUGAGAAUAAAAUAUUGAUUUCGAGCUAGAAGUUUUGAAGAUAAUAGAAUUUUCAAAACUUGGUAUUUCGCAAUAAAACAGACUCUGGGAAAAACAUUUUUGCCGUAUUUUUUUAGAAGAUAUGAUAACUUCUCAAGUUUUUGACGUGAGAUAAUUCAAUUUUCAACAUCAAUAGUGAAUUAUUUUUUUCAAAAUCAUAAAAUCACAAGAAGAAGCAUUCACAAAUUUGCAUAGCAGAUUUUUUUUUGUAUGGGGAAUUUUUAUGAAAAUUUGAUGCUUCUCCUUCUCAUCAAUAUGUUCAUCCUUCUGAUGAUCCCCCUCUCCAAUGUUCAAUAUUCAAAUUUUUUCCAGCUCUUCCGAAGGAUCGCUGGAGCGUUGCCAGGAAUCAUCAAGGAUGAUCCAGUCGACCCGCCAAACGUCGUUAGCAUGGAUCCAAUUCGUCAACGUCAAAUCGUCACUGACGAAGGUUCGUGCUGGUGUUAA